AUGGACAACACAGAAGCCAAAAUCAGAUUGCCUAAAUAUCCUGGACCGGAGACUGGAGCAAGAAUGGUUAACAUGAAACCCAUGGAUAAGGAUGUGUUCUUUGACGGGACAAAUGUUGCGAUUGAAAAAUUUAUCAAGCGGUACGAAUGCGCAGGCGAGGCGGAUGGUGCUAGUGCGAGGGACUUGGCGAAACAGGUUAUUUUUUUUAUCAAGGAUGCCGAUUUAAAGGACGAGAUAGAAGAAAUGACUGGCUACGAAGAUUUUGACUGGGAAGGUUUGAAGAAACAAUUACUUGAUCGAUUUGGAAAGGCCCUUCCGCUGUAA